AUUCAAAUAUAUAUAAUAUUAAAAUAUGCUCGAAUGUGCAGUAUGUGACAGUCAAAUAUUUUUCAGUUGAUUGAUGAUACUCAAGUAGUGAAGACGUUGAAACAAGACUGGGAAAAGAAAAUGAAUAUUUAAUCUAACUGGCAGUUGUAGGAAGAAGAAAAACAUUUUUUUUUUGUGAAUGUGAUUUGUUUACGACACGAUGGCUUUAACCAAGUGUUUUGUGAUUUUAUUUUUGGUGUACUUAAAUUUCGAUACUUCACCGAUAGACUGUGCCACAAUCCCUGAGAGAUUAGAUUCACCCGACAGCAUCAACGAAAACGACGAGAACUCCGACAUAUACACAACAACAGGAGCAACCGAGGAAGAUAUCGAAAAAAUAUUUGAAACUUACGAGAAUUUGUACAUUAAAAAUUCCAAUUGGUUGAACGAUGACGAACUAGCGAAAAAUGCGAACAAUGAAAAAUUGUCAGAAAUCCAACUAGAGGAGGAAACAACUGCACGUGAUUCGGAAACAACCGAACAAACGGCCGAUGAUGUUGUUGAAUCCAUUCAAAAUAUUAUGGAUGAGAAAAAUGAUGCGAAAAAGAAUCGAACCGACAGGACAAUCGUUGUUGUCGUUACAACCAACAAUGUAUUUAACAUAAAUGGAUCUGACGAGACCAGUAAGCGUCAACACACCUUACUUUCGUUCGGCACACCUGGAAUGAUUCAAAAGGAAACUUCGACAGACGCAACUUUAGCAAUGCACAAUAAAAUCACCACCGCGUUCUUCAACAGCAAUCCAACUUCAAUCGUAGGACAACCGGAAAAUUCUGUUGCAGAUGACAGUAAAUCAAUUGUCUUGGACGAUCCCGUUGGCGAUGCAGAAAAUAUACCACAUGCAACCGAAGCGGGAGAGGAGGUUGAUGCUAGAGCAACUGAUCAACCGAAUGGUCAGAGCGUUGACGAUUAUGAUCUAGAAAAUCUGAUUGAUAUCCGUCGACUUGAUCCUGCUGGAGUUGAAAGUGCAAAGCUGAGCAGGAGUUACAACGAUGAGCUGACAAGUGACGAUUCAAACGAUAUUUUAAGAAUUAUGAAGAUUAUUCCAAGUAGAAGUGUGGAUGAGUCUAGUACCGGUAGCCUAUCGAAACCGUUCGAGAUACCGUUCCAAGAACCACAAGAUUCAUCGCUAAUGGAAGCAAUCGAAAAUAUUCUUGAUACCGAUGUUAGAAAGGCUUUCGAACGCGAUAUUCCACAAACGCAUCACGUCCCAUUGGACAUUAAUAUUGAAGAAGAGGCUCUGUAUGCACCUCUAAAAGAUUUGAGUGAAUAUAUAGUCGAAGAAGUUCCCAUCAAUGUAAAUUACGAAAUGUUCGCCGACAAUAAAAAAUUUGGUGACACAAUUAACAAGGUCGUAAAUGUCGAGGAAAUUAGCAGAAAAUUAGUCGAAAAUGAUGACAAAAUUGAAACCUUUGGAAAUAUUGAAAAAUCAAGUGAACAUAUGAAUUAUAACCGGGAAAGUGAUUCCGUCACUGAGAGCGAUAAUUUGACUGAUGAACUAGUGACAGAAACUGAACAAAAAACGACGACUUUAACAACAGAAGAACCGAUAAUAGCUUCGACAACAGAGGAAGCAACACCAACAACCAAGAUAACAGAUGACAAAGAAACGAGGACGUCAUCCAGCGAAGCAGCACUAUUGGAAGAAAUAACAACAACCAACAAAGAUGAAGAAACAACAAGCACUACUGACGGACCUGCAUCAAAUGCUGCAAACGAACAGACUGAAGGUGUAAACGAGUACGAAGAAUCCUAUACUCCAACAACAACUGCCCAUCAUGAAGCACCACUCAACGACAACAAAAUUGAAGUACAAAAUGAAAAAUUGAACGAAGCACAUUCUGAGCGAGUCGAAACGUUACAAAAGAGCGCUUUACUGGAUGCAGAUUUAUUAUCACAGCAUGGUCAACCAUCUAACAGUGCCAACAUUGAACAAACCGAAUCAAUUUCGGAAAACGUGUCCGAUGUUCCGGAUAAAAUACCUGAGACUCCACAUAUACCGAAUGGUGAAUCAACCUCGCCAUCUGCAGGCACAGACAAUACAUUUGCUCCUGAGUCUUCGUUAUCAAUGGGAGUAGAAAGCAAUUUACAACCUAUACAGGAUGAUAAGAGCAGCUCUGUGAUUGGUACUUUCGAGAAACUUGUCGAUCAGUCUUUCGACGAUUAUCCGAUAUAUGUGCAUCUUGAUACCACAACAGAAUAUGUAACUAAUCCAAACUUGUAUAUAGGAGCAUCGUUUUCCGGUGCACAAGUUGCAGCAAUAAUGGCUGAGGCUGAACGAGCUAGGACUGCUUCAAACGUUCAAAUUUUGUCAUCAAAAAAUGCUGCUGAGUUUUCGACAGAAGAAAGUUUUGCCGAUACUCCGGGCUCGUUUAUCGACGCAUUUCCUUCUCAAGGCGAAGUCAAGACAUCGUUUGAUUUGGAAGAUAAACUGGACGAACGUGACGAUACAUCAGACGGAGUCGAAGAUAAAAGGGAUGAAGCUGAAGACAGACCAGAUGGAGCCGAAGAUAGAUCAGAUGGAGCUGAAGAUAAACCAGAUGGAACCGACGAUAGACUAGAUGGAGUCGACGAUAGCCGACAAGACGCAAAAGCUAGCCUAGAAGAAGCAAAAGAUAGACUAGAAAAAGCCGAAGAUAGACUCGAAGAAGCCGAAGAUCAGCCGGAAGAAGACAAAAACUAUAGAUGGGAAAUGUUGCAAGCAAGAAAUGCCGUAGAAGUUGCGAAAGCCGAAGUGAACAAAGCUGUUCAUAUAGUCAAAUUGAUUGAAUGGCGUUUUAAAGACAUUGGACAUACUACAACCAAACCACACGGUGAAGAUGUAGUCAGCGAAGUGGUAAAAGCUGAUGAAGAAACCACGGAACAGCAUCAAAUCAUUAAAAAACCCGGAGUCGACGAUGCCACUAAUGGAACCAUCGUUACAAAGAUUAACGUCACAAUUGUUGAAAGUAAACAUUUGGUUCCCUCCGGCACAACGAAUUUCGAAAGCCGAUCGUUUGGUGACAAUGAUGAGCCCGUCGAUCCAUUACGAACAUUAGUCGAGGCGGUGGAACUAACGGCUGACAUCACAAAGUCUGUGGAUAAUUUUCAAAGCUUUAUUGAUCCGAACGACUCGAUUCAUCUUGCGGCUAAUCAAGUUAUUGAGAAUAAAGACGAUAUGGAAUUGGUUGAGAGCGCUGAGAAAUUGAAAGUGGCCGAAGCAUCGUCGGUAUGGCCGGGAGCAGCCACAUACAUUUAUUUUGCUGGAGCAGUGUUGUCAAUCGGACUGAUAGUAUUGUUAGGUAUAGUUUCGUAUUUACGAUUCCGUCAAUUCAAGCGUAACCUCUUAUUUUCUUGUUGAUGAAUUCCAGAUUUUUUGUUUGGAAAAUAGAUUACGAAAAUGUGAUUGUACAUACAAUUGUAACAAUUUUGAUGCCAUUCUGAAUAAUAUAUUUAGCUAAGAAAUU